UAUCAGUCGUGGACUGCAACUGCAGUAUGAUCAUGAUGAUCAGCUGUGCAGAAUAUCUUACACACAAUGAAUCAUCAUAUGAGGCGAUUUCGAACCAGUAAACAUUGAUAUGAAUAUUUUCAACACAAACACGAUACUAUUAUUAUAAUUCGUAUACGAAUAGCUGAGAAGGAGCUUUACUUUUUAAAUACUUUUUCAAUUUGUCGUCAUUAAAACUUCCCAUUCAGCGAAAAUGAUUUUCCAACAAGAAUUUAAUGCACAACACUUAUUUUCACCAAUUCAUCUGGCAGCUGCUCAAAUAUUUAGUCCGAAAGCGACUACUGUCCUUUCACGUGAAGAACGUAUCCGUCUACGGAAAGAAGAACGUCGUCGACGUAAACUACAAGAACUCAAGUCAGGAUGUAAACGUUUUAUAGCAAUGCUUUUUUCGCAUAUAGGAUUAUCUGGUCUUGUUAUCGCCUAUACAAUCAUUGGUGGUAUCAUGUUUGGUAAUAUUGAACGUAGAAAAGAGAAAGAAACUAAAACGCUUGCCUAUGAGUAUAGAAUUGAAGCUUCAAAUGAAUUUUUACACUUAUUUUUUAGUGAAUUACAAGCAUACCUGACAAAACAACCACAAUCGUGUAAUAAUACGAUUGCCUUUAUGGGUUUUAUUCUAGAUUUUUUAGAGAAAGAGAAACCAAAAAAGGCAAUAACAUCUUCUGUAGACGGUUAUGUUGAUAAUUCAAAUUUUACUAUGAAUGCAACAAGCUUUAUGAAUACUACACAGUUUUUUACUACAGAUAACACUAAUACCACCAUAGGACAAAGUCUAAAUGACACAGUGUACACUAAUUCUUCAAUAAAUAUCACAAAGCUAAUGGAUAGUAAACCUUCUAUGAUUUCUGAUCUUAGAAAUAUAACACAAUCGAUAACUGAACAAGAAUUAGAUGAUAUAAAAGGUGAAAAUUCAUUGAAAAGACAAUUUAUUAUCUUAUUACGUGGACGUAUACAAAUAGCAUUGAUGGAGUUUACUAAACGUGUUGUCGAUUUUAUAGAAACUGAUGGUUGGAAUGGUAAUGAUUCUAUGGAAGACUUAAAAUGGUCAUUUGCUGGCUCUGUCUUAUAUGCUAUCACUGUUAUUACAACAAUUGGUUAUGGACAUGCCACCCCGAAAACAGAUACAGGCAAACUUAUGACAAUCCUGUAUGCAUUAAUUGGAAUUCCAUUAAUGUUCUUGUAUCUAUCUAAUAUUGGUGAUUAUUUAGCUGAUGUAUUUCGUGUCAUCUAUUCACGGACAUGUAGAACAAGUUGUGAUAAAUUUUGUUCAGCAUCAAUAUUCAGCAUGAAAAGUGAUAAAAAUCGUGUUGAACAAUUGAAUGAAUCUGCUCUACCAGUUGAUAAUGAUCCGUCAGUCAAUCCAACACAUGCUACACAUGGUCGUCGGCGUAAACGUGUUCUACUACAACCCUUCACUAUAAAUACAACAUCAAAUAUAUCUAAUGAUAAUAAUAAUAAUCAUCAUCAUAACUUUAGCAUAAAUGAUACAAACGGGAACAAAAUUAAUCUUAACAAAGAUACGUGUAAAGACGACAAACAAGUUAUGAAUAAUAUUUCGAAUGAAACUAAUACAGGAUUCAAUAGAAAAUGGAAUUCACGGUUAGAUAAAUUAAAAAAUAAACAAUUUUUCAUAAAACUUUCUUCAUAUUUUCACAAAACUCGUGUAUACAUUGCACAAUCUCGUUUAGCAGCAUUUUUUCAUACAGACAGUAAAAGUGCAUUAGCUCAGGCCAAAACUAAUCUACGUGAACUUUUUCAUCCAACAUUUACAUGGAUUCAACAAAUGGUCAAAGGAUUGAUUUAUCAAGAUGAAAAUAUGAAUGCGUUUAAGCCUACUGAAAUCACCACCACUGAUGGCAGUAAUAUAGUUAGUGGAAGUGAAAAAUUAACAAAUUAUCCAAAUAUGUUUUUUCAAAAUAUCCAUCAUGGACCAGAAUAUGAUCUGUUACACAAUACAACAACUUCAAAUAUGACUUCGAAUACAAUGAAAAAUCUUGUAGACUCAAGUAGUGCACCAAAUAAUCAAACUGAUAUAUCAUCAUGUCGGACAACUGCUAUGGUUGAAAGGAAUGAUCCGAGUGGAACUAAUUACUCGAAUACUUUUGAAGAUUCUAAACACCUGUAUGAGUAUUUAACGAAACAACAGAGUCAAUUGAAUAAAACAAUGAAAAUGAAAUACGGUAGUACUACUUGUGCUUCUGUUCCUGAUGGAAAUUACAGUACUCUGAGUAAUACUUUCACGCCUAACGCUUAUAUGUUUACAUCACCGACGAGUCUGCCUACAUCUGCAACUAUUCCAGUCCAAAAUCAAUCAGCACUGUAUAAUCUACAAAAAGAAUCUGCAAAAUAUUUCACUUAUGAUGGACAACAUCGUAAAUUUUAUCUGAUGGCACGUUAUCUACGCUCAGUGCAAAGACAACGAAGGCAUAAAAGACGAGUGAGAAAACGUCUUCAAGAACAAGCACGCGCUGAAUUAAAAAGGCUGGAAAAUGAAAAGUUGUAUGGAACACUAGUAAAGCAUAAAGAUAAUCCUAAAACGGAAGUUAGGAGACGACAUGUUCAUAAGACAAAUUCUUUUGAUAGUGUUUCUAACGACAAGGUAUCAACAGGUUCAACUAUACUUAGUGAAAGUGAAACAGAAUAUGUUAGUGGUGAUGGGACAAUACGUUUACUGUGCUGGAAAGAUAUUGAUAUUGAUCUAGAAGUAAGAUCAGUUGAUGAGGAAAAUAACGACACACAGACCUUAAAGUCUACCGAGAAUAUAAACUUUGAUAAUGCAGAAGAAGGCGAUAGUUCAACUGUCAUUGUAAAUACAAACGUCUGUGAUAUAAAAAGUCGCCUGGAUAGAACCUAUUCAACUAAAGAUUCGAUGCAUAGAAUAAAACGUAGAAAAAUUCACUGUAAAACACCAAAUUCUAAAUCUUUCAGUAAUUUUAAGCAAGUUGCUCAAAAUGAACUUCCUUCAACACUUUCCUGUAAGACAUCGGCAAAUGAUACGCUGGAUCAUACAGCAAUGUCUAGUAGAAAUGCAAUCUUUGGUUCAAAUUUACAUUCACCGAAGAAACAAAUGUUUACACCAUUCAAACCCCAAGAAAAUUUCUUGCAAAAUACUAUUUCAUCAAUGGGCUGUGAAGAACCUUAUGAUAUAUCAUCAAUGUCCACCUUAUUCAGACCUCAUCCUGCAAAUAUGCAGAAAACAUACAGCCAGGUAAUCAAUAAUAAUAAAGUGUUAACUUCAAAAUCUGGUGUUCCGAACCCACCGGCGUAUAAUUCACUUCAACAGAGUGCUCCAUUUAUCCCCGUCGCUAAUAUGUAUAAUAAUAAAAACAUCACGCCAACUUUAUUAGAAAACUUUAAAUAUCCUCCUCUCUUCACUUUACCCUAUAGAAAAAAUCAACCACAUCCACAACAAUACCAGUAUUCUACAAUUCCUUUAGUUCCAGAAUCGUAUGGUCUACAAAGUGAUGCAUUUCAAAAACUGUUACAGUCUACAGUCAUUUCUAAUCCUUAUGCAGCCUGUGAAAAUGCUUCACAUGAUAUAAAACCUGAACAGUUAGGCAGAUCACGUCUUUCACUGGCUUCAUCACGAGGUGAUUUAGACAGUGAAGUAGUUGUACAGUUAAGUUAUUAUUCUCAACGUGGCAGUGUACAGUCAGAAGAAGAUUUAUCCUUCUUUUCAUAUCGUGAUGGAUUUGUUGCAGAUGAAGAUGUAUCGAAAGUGACUGUACCAAUUAGUUUAUCAUUAGUUAUUAUGACUACUUAUAUACUUAUUGGAGCGAUUGUAUUUUCUAUAUGGCAAGAUCCAGAUUAUUUGAAAUGGUCAUAUUUUUGUUUCAUAACAUUAUCAACAAUUGGAUUUGGUGAUAUAGUGCCAGGUACAAAAAUUGAUUCAACUAAUCCUAAAGAGAAACUGAUCAUCAUAUGUUUAUAUGUCGCUAUUGGUUUGUCAGUGUUUGCAAUGUGUUUCAAAUUAAUGCAAGAAGAAGUUGUGGAUAAAAUGAAAUGGUUCGCCUUUAGAAUUGGUAUAUUGAAAAAGAAAGAGACUAACGAGACAACAGAUAAAUCAUUUUAUCCUAUGAGUAGGAAUUAGGAUAUUUGAUGGAUGGAUAUGAUGAAAUGAUAAUAAGAUGAUAAUGAUAAUGAUAAUAAUAAUAAAUGACAAGGAGAAAUACUGGAAUUGAAAUCAGCAGCACAUGUGCAUUGUCAUUUAAUCCUGAGAAAUAUUAUCUUCAACAAAAAACGACACCUCUUUCUCUCCCUCUCCCUCUUUCUCUCACUCAUACACACCUACAAAUACACAAAGACUUAGAGCAAUUGCAUUUAUAGCGCAUUUCAGGACAUGAAACAUGUUACUAUUCUGUAAGACUUUUACUUAUUAUUUUACAAUGGGAAAUGAAACAAUUUUUAAAUGAUUGUACAUAGAAAAU